GCGUAUGAACAUUGAGCACGUUUUGCUCUUCGCGUAUGAAUGCCCGGCGUAUGAACAGAAAGAUUGUUGCCUGCCUGCCUGCCUGCCGUCGUAUGAACACGACGAUUGUCGUUGUCGGCGUAUGAACACGACGAUUGUCGUUGUCGGCGCACGAGCACGAACAUUGUUGCUGGCGAUCUGUCCGUGCAGAGUCGAUCGAUCUGACCUGAGGAGCGAGCAGCCAUGGGAACGUCAAAGAAACAGCGCAAAUUCGCGGAGGUGAAGCGAAUCCUUCAUCCCCGAGACGCCAAAGACUUCAAGGACAAGGUCAUCAACCCGAAGAAUCGACCUCAAGAGAAAGACAAGCACCUGCCCCGAAAUGUACCGCAGGUGUCAUCAGCUCUGUUCUUCAAGUACAACACUGCUCUUGGCCCCCCAUAUCAAGUGCUUGUGGAUACCAACUUCAUCAAUUUUUCCAUUCAGAACAAGCUGGACCUUGUCAAGGCAAUGAUGGACUGCCUUUAUGCCAAGUGCACGCCCUGCAUCACUGAUUGUGUGAUGGGAGAGCUCGAGAAGCUAGGGCAGAAAUAUCGUGUUGCAUUGAGAAUCGCCAAGGAUCCACGGUUCGAGAGGCUUCCUUGCACCCACGAAGGAACCUACGCUGAUGAUUGUCUUGUGCAAAGAGUCACACAGCACAAGUGUUACAUUGUGGCAACGUGCGAUCGGGAUUUGAAACGACGGAUAAGAAAGAUUCCUGGUGUUCCUAUCAUGUAUAUUACGCAAAGGAAGUAUUCAAUUGAGAGGAUGCCGGAGGCAACCAUCGGUGGAGCUCCAAGAUUUUAGACGUCCUACCAAUUUCCAAGAUUGGAUCGAAGUGUGAAUUCGACUUGCCUACUGUGCCCACUUGUCUGUACAGUGGUGGUUGCUGCUGCAUAUUGAAAAGGGGAAUCAGUUAUCAAUCCAGACUGACUGUGAAUCCUACACAUUUCUACAGUCUGGGUAUGUGUACACUUUAUUGAAGUUUAUUAACAUCAUGAAUGAUGCCAUGACACGAGUAUCAAUCCAAACUGUGUAAGCCUACACAUUUCUACAGUCUGUGUACGUGAUAGCACCGAACAGUGAGCUCAUCGGGAUCAGGCGCUCGGGGAUUUCCGCUCCGCUACACUACGAUCUUUGGUCACGUCUUCUAAACAGUUUCUCGGUUGAACCUGGUCAUCGUUGCCGCAUGCUGCGAGGGCCUUCAUCGUCAAGGCGAACAGCAUCGGAGCUAUACGUGAUCGCCUUGUCUCGCCGAGCGAACGGAGGGGCGAGGUGGCCGUUUAGUGAAAUGUUAGUCGAUGCAGUUCUGUGGAAGAUGCUGAUCCGCUUGCAGAGAAGAGGCGGCCGAAGUGCAUUUUCUUGAGGCAUAGAUCCAAGAAUUCCCAGUCGACUUUGUCGUACGCCUUCCUAGCCUGCACUUUAUUCACAUCAUGAUGCCAUGACACGAGCGCAAGCACUGAUCCAUGCGCAUGUGUAUGCCCCUGUGCUUGUAUCGUCGUUAAGAUGGCAGCUAAAGUCUGUCUCGUCUACAGGUGAUACUGACUGCCUAUAAAGGAGAAGAAGCGUUCAUUCUUUUAUCAAUCCGCCACUUAGUGUCGUAGGCAAAGCAGCAAUAGGACAACUCCACUACGGUGUUUCUUCUUGAGCACGGGAGUUGAAGGCACCCUAACGUUUUCAAGUUUUCUCAGAGUCGUUCCUUUUGGAGGAUGGCAGGGACAUUUAAGGUCCAGAUGCAUACUACAUGAAGGCUAUAAUGUUUGUGGAUGACAUCGACGGCUGUGCGACACGAACAUGCUUUUGCUCCCGAAUGCGCAUCUUUAGUGGUGCAUUCUCUGGCAGAGUGCCGGCAGCAGUAUCCCUAGUGGGAGGGAGGCACCAGUUGCCGAGUCUCGAAACUCGUGCUGGGGGUUGCGAUCCGAGGAGUGCCGGUCGGAUGCAAGCAGCUACAGUUGGGGGAUGCAGAGCAAUGUGGCAGUGCAAUAUGUGAUGUCUGCGUAGCUGAAUUGGUUCUUUCUUUUUCUGAAAGUCCUUUCACUGAAGUGACAUUGGUUUUUGAACGUGAUUCUUUCGGGAAUGUUCCGUC